UGUAGCUCCUGAAUGCAUGACCUUCACUUGGGAUUAGAAGAAAGCCAUGGGGAAGGAUAAGAAGAAAACGGAUGCUGUCUUUCUGAGGAAAAAGAUAACUUUGCUGCGGGCUUUCUCUCUUCUCAUCGGCAGCAUGGUUGGCAGUGGCAUCUUUAUCUCCCCUAAAGGAGUAUUGGAAAACUCUGGCAGUGUGGGUUUCUCCCUGAUUGUCUGGUUUGCCUGUGGGGUGCUCUCAAUGUUUGGUGCCUUGUGCUACGCAGAGCUUGGAACAAGGAUCACCAAGUCUGGAGGACAUUAUAUCUACAUUUUGGAGACACUAGGGCCUCUGCCAAGUUUCUUAUUCCUGUGGGCAGAAUUUUUUGCUAUCAGGCCUGCCAACAGUGCUGUGGUGUCUUUGGCAUUUGGACGCUACUUGCUGGAGCCGUUUUUUGCCCCCUGUCCAGCCCCUGUCCCUGCUGUGAAGCUUGUGUCCCUCCUGGGAUACUACAUGGUCCUCACCCUCAAUUCCUGGAGCGUCACCUGGAGUGCCCGACUGCAGACCGCUCUCUCUGUCGUCAAACUCCUGGCUCUUGCACUCAUCAUCGGGCCAGGGAUGAUGCUGCUGGCCCAGGGCCACACAGAGCACUUCCAGGAUGCUUUUGACAGACAGGCGCUGGUUUUGGAUAAGCUGCCCCUGGCUUUUUACGCAGGCAUGUUCGCAUAUUCAGGCUGGUUUCAGACGAGCUUUGUGCGUGAAGAGUUGAUCAGACCUGAACGGAAUAUCCCUCUGGCUGUCAUCGUGUCUGUGGUCAUGGUAAUUGUGGGGUACAUGCUCACCAAUGUCUCCUAUUACACAGUCCUGGGAAUGCAAGACGUUCUGGCUUCUCCUGCUGUGGCUGUGAGCUAUGUGCAGCGAGCCUUCAAAAGCCUGAUCUCCGUGGUCCCUGUCCUUGUUGCGCUGUCCUGCUUUGGAACCAUGAAUGGAGGAAUCUUCACCUUUUCAAGGACUCUCUUUGUGGCUUCCAGGGAAGGACAGUGGCCGCCUCUCUUCUCCAUGAUCCACAUUCGAAGGCAUACACCCCUUCCUGCUGUCAUGUUAAUGUUCCCUUUGGUUACUACCAUGGUGUGCAUCGGAGAUAUCUAUCAUCUCUUGAACUUCUUCAGCUUUUCCCGAUGGCUCUUCAUAGGACUGGCCACCCUCGGGCUCAUUGUCCAUCGCCACCGUCACCCGGAGCUGCAGAGCCCCUUCAAGGUUCCCUUGUUCAUUCCUGUCUCUUUUACCAUCAUCUGCCUCUUCACAGUGGCAAUGUCUUUCUACUCAGACCCUGUGAACAUCAGCAUUGGGUGCACCAUGGUUUUAAGUGGUUUUCCAGUCUACUACCUCUUAAUCCACAGGCAAAUGUCAAAUCGUUCCCGUAGCCUGUUUUAUUAUCUUACACACAAACUACAGUUACUGCUGGAAGUAGUCCAACAAGAAAUCAAGACUUACUGAGAAAGCCACAAGAACUCCCAGAAGAAGACAAAAUCUUCUUCCUCUGUUUCUGAUACCUUUGAUCAUACCAAAAGCAGACCAUGCUCUUAUUCUUUUAAUCAUUGCAAAGGAGGACGAGCCUGAGUCAAAACCUUGCUGCAAGUGUUCCUGAGUUUGCCAAUCGGGAUCAGGAUGAAUGUGUAAUAUCCGUUUCUGGCCUCUUCUUGUUUAGCAGAACAAUCUACUUCUCUGAAACGAGCUUGCUUUUCUUGCAGAGUGUCUUCAAAAUCAAGAUCCUGAUUUUGCAGCCUAGACCAGUCCUCAGUAAAAUAGUAUGUGUAUAUAUAAAUUUUUAUAUAUAUAUCUGCACUAUUUUUUAACUUCCUAGCUUGGCAAACAGAGGAAGGGAGCAUGUUGUGAAAUUUAGAGUCCAUUACAUAGAAGCCAAAUGCAGAUUUCAAACUGAAGCAUGUAGUAGCCAUGCUGUGGACAAGCAUUACGAUGGGAAACGGCUGGGGAAAGCAAAUUAGAAAUAAAAUGGAUGAAUUGGAAAAGAGGAGGCAGGGGGAAUAAAUCUGCAUUCACUGGAAAUUAGAGAUUCUGAUAAAUGAGAAGAUGUUUGAAAACCCUUUGAAAUUCAAAUAUUAACAACACAAAGUCAGAAUGUUUUGAUUUGAUUAUGGUAUAAACAGAAUAAGUUUGUCUUGUUUUGACAUAAUAUUUAAAUUUUGAAUUUUAUUCUUCUGAAAUGCCAUCUCGGAAUGCACAAACACAUUUUAAAACAGCAGCUAAACAUCAAAAAGAAUAUGGCAAAACAGAUCCUGACCCCUCCCACAACUCCUCAGACCCCUGUACUCCUCACCUGGUACUACCAGAGAAGGUGAAAAUUCAGAUUUUGGCCCAACUCCAGUGAAAUACAAGUCCUCCUUUAGUGAGACAAGACCACUGGUGAGACUUGUGCAGAUUCCUGAGUAAUCACAUCUUUUGGUGUUGUGAGAAUACAUGAAAGUCUUCGUGUCAGAGCUUUAACUUUAAAUCUGCAGUCAGAUGGCUUGCUGAAUCAAUACAUAGAUGUUCAACUUUUUACAUCAGAAAGGUUUCUGCUAUUGGCUUACUUUGGUUUACAUUAUUAAUGUGGCAGUGUCAUGUCCAGAUAAAACAACAAUUAGCUAUUUCCAA